AUGAAGAUUACUUUAUGUUCUGGUCAAAUAAACAGUAUACUUGAAUGGGGAGAGGCAGAGGAAGAAGAAGAAGUCAGCAGUGCUGGAAGUGACAGAGAUCAAGACCCACACUACAUCCCAGAUGCUCAGUCUGUGGCAGACACAGAAGAGACUGAGGUGCAGCUGAUUGACCCUGAUGCUUCAGAAGAGGACCAACCAGUCAGAAGGUCAGCCUAUUUACCCAAACCCAAGGAGUACCCGAAUUAUGUCAUCUAUUUGGUAAAUGAUUUUUCUAUUUUGGGAGAAGAUCCUGUGAACUUGGAGGAUGCCACGUCGAGGAGUGACAAAGAAGACUGGAUAAUGGCCAUGAAAGAGGAAAUUAAGUGUUUCCAGAACAAUGGUGUUUGGGAACUUGUGGAUCCACCAAAGAGUAAUAAAAGUAUUGUAGGUAAAAAGUGGGUAUUUAAGCUGGAAAAGAAUAUGGAUGAUCUAGGUUAUGUUGCAAAUACCAAUGAAGGUUGUGCAUUCAUUAAAUGGUCAGGUAAAAAUGUUGCAAUUCUUGCUUUGUACGUAGAUGAUUUUUAUGUCUUGUGUCAUAACAGUGUGAUGAAAGAUAAGUUGUAUCAGGGAUUGUCUGAGAAUUUUGAAGUUAAAGACCUAGGAGAAGCAAAGUCCUGUAUGGGUAUGUGUAUAACCAGAAACUGGGAGGAAGGUAGUUUAAAACUUGACCAGAAUGGUUAUAUUGCAGAUGUGCUGAAAAGCUUUGAUAUGGUCAAUUGUGCUCCUGUUAGAAUUGCAAUGGAAGCUGGAUUAAAGCUUUGGGAUAUGCAGGGUGAUAAAGUUCCAGUGCCAUAUCAAGAACUUAUAGGUUGUUUGCUGUAUAUCAGUACUAAUACAAGACCCGACAUAUCUUAUGCAGCAAUUGUUUUCAGCCAGUAUAAUUGUAAGUUUACUAGUGUUCACUGGAAGGCAGCAAAGAUGGUGCUUCGUUAUCUCAAGGGUACUACAGAUUAUGGCAUUGCGUUUGACAAAGGAGAUUUCAAGGAUCUGAAUAUAACUAGUUUUGUUGAUUCGAAUUUUGUAGAUGAUUUAACUACAGGGUUGUCACAACAUGGAAGUGUUUUUAUUUUGGGGAAAAACAUAAUUUCAUGGAAGAGCAAGAAACUGAAGGAUGUAACAACCUCAACUACUGAAGCUAAAUAUGCAGCUUUGAAUUCUGCAGCCAAAUAG